CACAGAAUUCUUUAUUCUCCAAUCCAAACACACACCGCCAGCGACCAAAAAGGACAACAACAUCCACCUCACCACCAAGCAGACAGACAGACACGAACGAGGCAAAAGCGAUGGCACUGCGUGUUGAGUGGAAGCCAGUGAGCGGCAACGGCCCACGGGAGCGGUCGGCCCACGCGUGUGCAGUGGACGAAGCAUCUGGUCGCUUCGUCCUCCACGGCGGCGUUACCGUCAACGCAGAUGGCGACCCCAUCCCAAACGGUGAUGUGUGGGUGCUCAAGAACUUGGACAGCGCGCCCCAGUGGGAGCCCGUCCGCGCAAAGGGCGACGUCCCGUGCAAGCGAGAGGGCCACACGUUGACCUACGUGCCUGCUAAGAACAUGUUCGUCCUCUUUGCUGGCAGUGACGGUGCGCUGGAGAAGGAGUUCAACGACGUGUACACCCUCGACGAGUCGCUCACCUGGAAGCGCGUGGAGACAAAAGGCGUGCCACCGGCGCCGCGCCUGAACCACGCAGCCGACGUGGUGGACGAUGCGCUGUAUGUGUUUGGCGGGUUUGAGGAUGGCCAGGCCAAGAACGACAUGUUCAAGCUGGACCUCAACACGAUGAUGUGGACGCCCGUGCACGCCAACAACCCGCCCAGCCGCCGCUGCAACCACAGCAUGACCGCGGUUGGCUCCAAGCUGUAUGUGUUUGGUGGCCGUGGAGGCGAAGCCACCCUCUACAACGAUCUGUUCUGCUUCGAUACCGAGUCUCGUGCGUGGACGGCGGUCAAAGCUGGUGGUCAGCCGCCAACAGCACGCGACUUUCACUCUGCAGCCACUUUUGGCGACAAGGUGUUUGUGUUUGGCGGCUCAAUGGAGAUUGAGUCCAAGGACAUCUUCACCUACUACAACGACGUCGUCGUCUUCGACACAACGCGCCAAGCGUGGGUUCGCCCCCAGGUCAGUGGCGCAGUCCCCUCCGUGCGCUGGGCACACGCGGCCGCCGUCUACAAGAACAAGAUGAUUGUCUUUGGCGGCACCGCCAACGACGUGGAUCUCAGUGACACGCACAUCCUCACCAUCACCGAUGCGACGGUGAAGCCUGCUGCUCCGCGUCGUAAGCCGAGCGUCGGCCCACCGGCAAAGCCAAAGCCAGCCCCAAAGCAGGAGGCGCAGUAUGAGCGGACCACGCCGCCAGACAUCACAUACGACGUGCCGAACCCGGCUCCCGCCCUGCGCCGCCGCGUCACUCCAAAGGCCAUCACCGACGUCGCCCCGCGCGAUUUCGAACGCGUGCAGUCGCAGAUGAUCCAGUCCAUCGAAGACCUCUUUCGCAAGAUUAAAGGCGAAUACCAGCAGAUUGACCGCCUGCGCGCCGAGCUCAUCUCGGACCGCGAGGCGUUUGAGAAGGAGAAGGCCGAGAACGAGGCCCUCUUUGAGUCCCAGCAGCAGUCCAUGCAGCACUUGCAGGAGACGCACCGCCGCGAGACGGAGGCGUGGCUUGCUGCCCGGCGCAAGGAGAACGACGACGAGCGCAGGAAGAUUGCAGAGGAGUGGGCGCGCGUGAAGAAGGAGGAAGAGCGACUGAAGGGCGUUGAAACGCAACUCAAGUCCGAUCGCAAUGCCCUUGAAACGGAGAAGACAGACUUUGAGAAGCGCCGCAAGAAGAUGGAGGCUAUCAUGGCGCAGUUUGAGGGCCUCAACAGCUAGGGUGUCACAACAUCGUUGCCACUUGGCACCAUCACUUCCGUACCCCGCAUCUCAUUUGUGCUUUGCGUCCAGUCCUGUUGCUUUUCUUGCCGACUUGCGUCCACUGAUGUUGCAAGACACAGUGGAUCAAACAAGUAGCAUGCAUGGGUGCCACUGUUCUUCCCCACACCAAGCGUUUCCACUUCCGUUCCUGUUGCCCCCUUCACCACAUCCAUGUUACGUUCAUGUUGAGUCCUCCCCCUGUACAAGGUGUGCAUGGCUGUUUCUUACGCAACAGCAGCAACAGCAGCAACAGCCGCAGCCAUCACCCCGCCGUGGAGUGGGUCGUGCCGGCGCUUCCCUUCAGUGUGGCUGUCGUGUUGCUGUUGUGUUGUGUUGGUUUGCCGUUCGAUUUUUCUUGUAGCCCUUCUCCUCCUACCUUCGCCUUUCCCUCCCCCAAUACCAUUUCCUGCCGCGUCUGCAAUGAAUGUGUAAUCGACAUGAGCACAACUGCACACAUUGCACGCACUCCUGCAAGCUUGCUC